CCGAGUCGCUCCAUGGCACCAGGCAGAGCAGCUGCUCAAGUUGAUCUCAAGCCAGGACCACCAGCCGGCCGAGUGCGAAAAGUGACAAAGCCGCCCGUAGCCAAGGAACCUCCGGUGGCUCCUCAUGAGUCGGGAACCACUGGUAUUGAACGAAAGAGGAAGGUUGAAGAAGAGGACGAUGUAAAAUUGGUUGACUGCAUUUACCACGCCAAGCACAAAAAGCUGAAAAUUGACGUAGCGUCUGAUGCUAGCGAAAAAGAGAAGACUGCCGCCAAGGAGAUCAUGAGGAUCUUGGAUAGCCUGCGUGACGAAAACCUGAAGGGAAGCCAAAUUACUGACAAAGGGUUCAGAGGGUUCCCCAACAAACUCAACUUUUGCUAUUCGAAUGGACUGCUGCAACUUCUUUUCCUGGCACCCAAAAUUUUGACUGGAUUUCAGAAACUAGCAAUCCAUGAAUUUCACUUGGACGUGGCAAGCAAGGCAGUCACUAAAGCAAUCCAAGCAGUUUCUCGUGAAAUUCAAAGAGGCACUGGUCGUGAUCUGGAGGCUGCUGUUAUGAUGUUCCACACUGCCCUUGAUGAACAUUACGGGUUCCUCAAAUCAAAACAACACGACAGUUGUGAACUUUUCACAAAACUGUACUUUGAUUUGAUUUUUUGCGGUGUUUUUGAAUGUUGCGAACAAAGGUUGGCCCCCUAUUGCGAAAAAUGCAAAAAGUUCGACAAGUUCAAAAUCAGUGUGAGUUGUCUAAGUAUUCUCCAGCCAACAAACAAUGCUUCCAUUAGCCAAAUGAUGUCAGAAUUUAUGGACAAUUCAAACAUAAACUGCAGCUGCGGUGAACAAACUAGACAAGUUUAUGUCAACAAGCCUGAUUUUCUGUACCUUCAAAUCAACCGAGUCGCUCCAAAGAAAGCAAAAUGCACAAAUCCGAUUGAUAUCUCUAGAGAAAUAGAAGUUGAAUUGUUUUGUCAAGACAGUAAAAGAAUUGUUCGCAACGAGUAUGGCAUUGUUGGAAUUCUGCGCCACCGAGGUGAUGAAAAGCAAGGACACUACUUUUGCAACCUUAAGAACGCGAAUCAGGAAUGGUUCCGGGUCAGUGACAACAUGAUAGAACCAAGAACAGAGAUGACACUGAGGCAGAAGGCGCGAUCGGAAGUGUGCCUUGCUGUGUAUAAAUUAGAGGGCACGAAAGAGGCUCCAUUGGAGGACAAUGAUGACUCUCGGGUUUGAGGCGAAUGCAGAUGGAGCAGCGUUUUCCAAACUGAGAGUACCUUGGCUUUAAGACUCGAUUGCAGGUGUGGGGCCUGUGUAAAAAUUUGUUUAGCCCCCUCCCCCGUCCAAAAAAAUGUUUAGCUUAUUUGAAAAUUUUGGCAUUUUUUUUUUAAUUUUUCUUUAAUUUUUCCUUGUCUAUUUUUGAUAAUAAUUUUUCAGUAAAUAUUUCUUCAUAAAUAUAAAGAUGAAUAUCAGCUUUUUUAAGUAUGUAACUUAUUAAUUUUUUUUCACUUGUGUUUAUAG